AUGCAUUUAUUUGCAAGUACAUUCCUAACUUUAGAAAGCCAUGAUGAACAUGUAUUUUGUGCAGAACAACAGGAUCCAAGGAAAUAUUCCUGUAAUGCAAGCUGUGGUCCAGGUGAUGGCUUCAGAAGGCAUUGAAAAGUUGAACCAUACAAGAGAUGAAAUUGAAAAGAAGUACAAAUUAUCAGAGAAAAGUAGAGAGCUGAUGAACAAAACAAGAUCAGCAGUUUAUGCAGCUGAUCAGGCAGUUUCUGCAGCUGAGGAGGCAGCAAGAGAUGUGGCGACCAGGAUCAUGAACACUGAUUAUAUCGCAAAGGGUGCUACUUGGUUGUCUGGUGUGCUUGAUAAAACCUCCAAGUUUGUCUCAGAGCUUGGCACUAUGAAGGGUUAUAAUCCCAACUCUAGGAAGUACAUAUGAGCCUGCCCCUUUAGUUUGGAGGUUAUUUGGCAUUAGAAAGGGGUAGUAUAGGAUAAACAAAUAUCCCAUGCUGUCUACAGAGAUCUAUGUUGUCGAAAUAUUAAUGCAAUUGCAAUUUGCAAAUGCUUCUUCAUAAA